AUGGAAACAGCUCGAGUCCGAGUAGGAAUCCCAGUGACUUCCAGUGAUUUUGUUUCACGGAGUGGAACCGGCUGGCAACAUCGAGUUAAAGACUGGCCCUCCAGUUCAUUUACCAAUCAUUGUCACAAGCUUGUAAUUCCGGAGGAGCGCUCUGAUGGAAAAUUUGUGCUGCUGAUUGGUGCGUCUCAUCUGCGAUCGUUUGCUGAUGGGAUUGUUAAGAUUUCGGAUGGGUGCAUUGAUUUUGGAGUGAUGUGCACUCCUGGUGCGUCUGCAGCUGACUUGCGCAUUGAGGCCUACCACGCUGUUGUUCCCCGUCAGCCUGAUGCUGUCUGUGUGACGGCUCCUUCGAAUAAUCUUACUGCAUCCCUUAAUCCAGAGGAAGCGGGAGAGGAAUUUGAAAAGUACCUUUUGACCGUCUUGUAUCGUUGGCCUAAGGUUUUUUGUACUGGCUUCCCCCUGCGCUUGACUGAAUCCCUAGAGAAGCAGAACUUGUUUCAGCAAGAAUUUCAUCGCAGGGCAGCAAAGCUUGGUAUCCCCUAUUUUCCUGUAGCUGACUACUUUCCUCUGAAGCGUCCCAAUCUGUGGAGCCCUGAUGGCAUCCACCUCAGCGAUGACCACGGCAUGCCCAUUCUCCAGAAAUUCAUGUGGAUGUUUGCUUAUCGAUAUCUCGAAAUAUCAACUCCAAAGCCACCGGUACAGAGUCAGGCAGCUACUGGUUACAAGCCAAGAUUUGUUCCUCGCAUUGUCGUGAAAGGGGAGGAAAGAAGAGUCCCAUCUUUGCCAUCUUCAGAGUGGACUCUUGUGAGAUCUGGCAGAAAGAGGAACCACUCAGGGGAAUUGGAAUCUUCUGAUUCACUGAAGACAAGGGUGGUUCAUCACAAGAUUGAUGGGACUCCAGUAUCGUUAAGAAAGUGUUCCGUUCUGUUGAAUCCUUCCCGUUUUUCACCUGAUAUCUUGGUUGCCAUGGAAACGGUCUCUCCAUCAGACCUUUCAGAUGUUCACACAGGCAAUGAGACAAAUUCUGUGGAACAUCAAAAGAAGUCAGCUGGGAGACAGCAGGUUGAGGCUAAAGCUAAAGCAGCCAAGAUGUCUGUCUGCAAUGUGCUGCCUUGUGAAUCUCAGGAGAUGUUGAACAGUCUUGGUCUGUCGGCGAGUCUUCCCAGCCAGUUGACGCUUGAGAGGAAUGAUUGGCAGUGCACGCCGACGUCAUCCAAAGGUCAGAUUUCUCUUCGGAGUUCAGUUCCAGAUUCUGUUUCCAGGUCCAGGACUCUCUCUCUCUGCUGCAAAGUGGACCAGACUGAUGAGCUGGACCCAUACAGCGCAUCAAAGGAAACAUCAUCUCAUGUCAACUAACAACCAAUGAAGCAGUUAAACUGAAACUACUUGAAUUGUAGAAUACAGUCCAUUCUAUGUUGAAAUGUAUGAGUAUUCACAUGAGUUUCAUUAUAAUAUAAAUGUAUUUCACUACAGUGAGAGGGAAAAAUGUGUUAAUGUAAGCUUUUUUUCUUUUUAUAGAGGACCCCAGGUUAAGGUCUGUUUUUUAAACAGGCAAGAUUUCUGUUACAGAUUCCGUUUCCAGGUCCAGGACUCUCUCUCUCUGUUGCCAAGUCGACUAGACUGAUGAGCUAGACCCAUAGUGCGCAUCAAAGGAAACAUCACCUCCUGUCAACUUCAAACCUGAUGGAAGACAUUCAGGCAACUGUCAAAAUAUCUUCACUCUGGAGUGGACCAUUGUGAAUGCAACUGGAUUAUUUCUGUUUUUCAUCAUUUGUCUCAUAACUCCAUCAAUCAACUGAUUAAAUUCCUUCUAGAAAAGGAAAAAACAUAUUGGAUUUUCAGAACUGAUUUAAAGAAUUUCUCUUUACAAAAUCUCUUUACCAAUUGCAUUAUUAAAAUUAGGUAAGUUUAUUUCAUUAAAAGUAAAAUUUAAACAGUAAUGAUUUAUUGGUUAAUGUCAAGUUAUC